UUAACUUUACUUCACAAAUACUAACAUUUCGAUAAUACUUUAUAUACUUUCAGAAAGAAAUGUCAUGCCAGAUUUUAUCAAGAGAAAUUGUAGCGCUGACUGGUUAUUGCAGAUAUGUUGACCAAACGGCAAUGUGUGCUGUAUUCGAUAAAAGGUACCACGAAUCCACGACAAUGUGGCCACGACAUCGAGAAUGUGGGCAUACAAUAUUUAGUUCAAGGUUAAAGCUACAUCGAUAUGAAGACGUAACUUACCUGGAUAGAAUAGCAGCAAGAAAGAAGGCGAAGAUGGGAGCCAUGCCUGCAAACGUUGAUUCCCGUGGAAAUCAAUUGACAUUAGCAAGAUGUACCGUCAGACAACAAGUUAGAAAAGAAAGAAAAGGGAAUUGCGAAAUCGUGCAUGGGUCGGUGUAUGGUUGCAGAGCGGGAUCAAAAUUACAGAUUUGGCAUCCUGUUUGUUCUUACUUAGCUGAGAACGGAGCUUGAUAAAACCAUGGUUGCUCUGUGAAAUGAGAAAGUGACUUAAACUGUUAUGACAAAGAAUCAACUUAAAAUAAAUUCUCCACAAUAUAUAGCAGAAAAUUAUAUGAAUGCGUACAGGUGUUUUCAAAUGUUAUUUUUUAGUGUGUGGAUAAGAUCGAAGGAGCAAUGGCGUUUUUUUUUAUUUUAUAGCGAUUUGAUUUCUUGAUUUUUAAAGAGUAAAGGUUGAGUUCGUGUGACAUCUCAGCAGUCCACUCUACCAUUUUGCUGCCUGCCAAUCAUCUUGGUUGAUUUUUUAAUUCGGGUAGUUUGCAAUCAAUAUAUUGGAAAGUUUUUACGUUUACUAUUAGCAAUGAACUCUGUAAGUUUGUAAAUUUUCAAAGUUUGUAUCAUUACUGCAGCUUCUUAAAACAGCAACUAUGUAAUAUAUUUCACUUCAUGAA